GUUAUGAGGGCACUGGGUCAGUCCUGAUGUCCCCUGUUCCCCAUCAGAUGUUGCCCUACAUGAACGUGGGCACUUUGUCCCGGACGGAGCUGCAGUUACUGAACCAGCUGCACUGCAGGCGGAAAAGACGGCAUCGGACCAUCUUCACUGACGAGCAGCUAGAAGCGCUGGAAAACCUCUUCCAGGAAACGAAAUACCCAGACGUGGGCACCAGGGAACAACUGGCCAGAAGAGUGCACUUAAGAGAGGAAAAAGUGGAGGUUUGGUUCAAAAACCGCCGGGCAAAGUGGAGGAGGCAAAAGCGGUCGUCUUCGGAGGAGUCAGAAAACGCACAAAAAUGGAAUAAAGCGUCUAAAACGUCUCCGGAGAAGAGACAAGAGGAUGGGAAAAGUGAUUUGGACUCCGACAGCUGAUAGCUCGCCGAGAGGGACAUUUCCCGUGGACUGUCGGAUACGCUCCAGAGGAUGCUACUAAUCUUGCACAAGCUCUGCCUUGUCGGAGGGGGAAAGUAUCUGUAUAUAAAGUACAAUGCCCCGAGUUGAUUUCAUGUAAAUAAAAUGUGUUGCGGAGGUGUUGCACAGG